AUGCCUGACAGGCCUACGGCCUCGCGUGAACGACCUGCUCGCCCUGCUCGAGUCUUGUUGCGGAUGAUGGGCGCGCGUACCGGCGUUGAUGGGGCGCGAGCCGACGAGCUGGGUAGGUGUGUCAGUAGCGAUUGGGUGGCGGCGGGGGCAGGCUGCUGUCGUAAGGGGGUCGACGACGAACCGACGGGAGGGAGCGCGGCGCUGAGUGGGGCACAGUCGUAUAGGUUGAGGUUUGCGCUUGAGCUUGCGCUUGAGCUUGCGCUUGAGCUUGCGCUUGUGCUCGAUGUCGGGCCCGAAUUUGUCGCGACUGAGGUCGAGGGCGGGGUCGAGGGCCGGGUCGAGGUCGAGGUUGAGGUUGAGGCCGAGGUAGGACCUUGA